CAUUGGCUGCCGAAUGCAGUGAGGGCGCUGGGAAAGCGGCGGUGAGGCCCCGCCCUCAUACCGGAGCCAAUCCUGAGCCGCCGAGAGGACGAACCCCGGGAGCGAGGUUCGCGUCGGCGAUUUUCCUGUCUAUAGAUCUUGAUGAAUAAAAUAAAGCAGACAUAAUUCAUCUCUUGAAAGAUUAUUUAUACGCUGGCAUUUGAAAUGCUUUGUAUUUAGAAUAGUAGUAAAAAUGGAAAAAGAGAAAGUAAAUGAUGAUGGAAAACCAGACCCAGAGAAUUCCUUGGACUUUUCUGAACACUUUAACCAACUUGAAUUGUUGGAAACACAUAGACACCUUAUUCCCACUGGUACCCAAAGUCUCUGGGAAGAGAAUUCUGAUGAAGAUGAACAAGAUGAAAAAACUGAAGAGUGGUAUCAAUUGCAAGAAAAAAAAAUGGGAAAAGAUCCAAGCAAAUUGCUUCUUUGGGCUGCUGAAAAGAAUCGGCUUGCUACAGUGCAGAGACUACUUUCUGAAAAGGCCACUCAUGUGAACACUAGAGAUGAAGAUGAGUAUACCCCUCUUCAUCGAGCAGCCUAUGGUGGACACUUAGAUGUUGUCCGCGAGCUGGUUGCACAAGGGGCAGACGUUCAUGCGGUGACCGUGGAUGGCUGGACACCCCUGCAUAGUGCUUGUAAGUGGAAUAAUACCAGAGUGGCUUCUUUCUUACUUCAGCAUGAUGCAGAUAUCAAUGCCCAGACAAAAGGCCUCUUGACCCCCUUACACCUUGCUGCUGGGAACAGAGACAGCAAAGAUACUCUAGAACUCCUCCUCAUGAACCGCUACAUCAAACCAGGUCUGAAAAACAACUUGGAAGAAACUGCAUUUGAUAUCGCCAGGAGGACGAGUAUCUAUCACUACCUCUUUGAAAUUGUAGAAGGCUGCACAAAUUCUUCACCUCAGUCUUAAUGCUUCUAAUAAUUUUCUUAAGUUUCUGAUUACCAGUGCCUCCUUUGUGUGAGAUGUGAAAUAAUCCCCAUAAUACAAAGCUGACAUCAAACGUCUUACUACAGAAAAUCAGUGGAAAUUCAUUAUAAUAUCCUUCCAAGUGAAUUGCUUGACCUUGAUGUCAAAAUAUAUUUGCAAAUUUUUUCGAUAUAUCUUUAAUGAUUUCUGUAGAGUUUGUGAUUUUUAUCAGAAAUAAUUUUAACUUACCUAUACUUAAAAACUUAUCACGGGUUGUACAGAAAACUAACGGUAUUUUUGGUGCUGAUCCAAGAGAAAUGUAUUUUUAAAUAUCCCCCAUCUUGGAUCUUUGUUGAGUAUUUAGUAUAUUGAUAUGUAUUUUUAUAAGGUAAGGUAACUCAGAAUUUAAUUUAAAAGUCUUAUUUAUACUGGUGCAGUUCAGCUGUCUUCUCUGUAUUACCAUAGCCUUUUGCUUUCAUUUUAAACCAUAACAACUAACACGUUAGUGACUUGAAUCUUCAUAAAUUAAAGAAACAUCAAGAAACCUAGAUCUUUGUCUUUUAGAACCUAGACCAUUUUCGGAAAGUAGUUAGCUAGGUGUUCAAGCCAUGAAUGUUAUAUACUGUUAUAUACCUCCCCUGCCACAAUUCACACAAUCCUGUGGACCGUCCUACCUCACCCUGGUCAACCUACACAAUCCUUAUUCUACUGAGGAGUCAACAUGACCUUUUAGACAUGCGCACAACUAUUCCUUGAUCCAAGAGAUCAUAAUAUGUCUGCUAUCCAGCUAGUUUUACCUGCCUAAUCCUGCUGAUUUGGGCACUUUUCAGUCGCUCAAGUUCACAGGAAAUGUUGAUUUCCCAGGGUCUUCAUUUUAUACAAACCAUACAAAGGCAAAAUGACAAGGGAAACAGAAUUCUAAGAGUGAGGGGAUGAUUAUUAUAUUGGGGUUAGAAUCACAAAGUGGCUCAGGCUUUUUUAAAAAGCCACAGUGUGGGUAGUGACAAAAGCAUAAAUAUUCAAAAAAAAUAAAAGUUUUGAACAAC